CAACCUUUUUUCACUGAGCUUUGAAAAAGCAAACGACUUCCUUCCAAAUCUUCCUUUUUUUUCCCCACGAACCAAACAAACGCCUCAUCGCUAUAAACUUCCAGCUCCCGGGAAGGACACGGAAACCCGGUGAGCAAAAAGAGGUGUCUUUUGUGCUUGGUUAUUGAUUCAAAAAUAUUCCCCAUCUUGGUUUAUUGUUAGUUAAGUUUUUCUAAUCUUGGGUCCGGGAAAAAUGAGGGAAAAGUUCUGGUUUUUAGCUUGCUUGUGGGUUUUGUUGUCUGGGAAUUGCUUGGGGAGGUUUGUAGUGGAGAAGAACAGCUUGAAGGUGACUUCGCCGGAGUCGAUCAAAGGGGUUUAUGAGUGUGCGAUCGGGAAUUUUGGGGUUCCUCAGUACGGCGGAACCUUGGUCGGCACCGUUGUUUAUCCUAAAGCCAAUCAAGGCGCAUGCAAGUCCUUCGAUGAUUUGGACAUCUCCUUCAAAUCUAAGCCUGGUGGACUUCCCACUUUUCUCCUCGUUGAUCGUGGAGAUUGUUUCUUCACCUUGAAGGCAUGGAAUGCUCAGAAAGCUGGGGCCGCUGCUAUUCUUGUUGCUGAUAACAAGAAUGAGCCCUUGAUUACCAUGGAUACCCCUGAAGAAGAGAAUGCUAAUGCCGAAUACCUGCAGAAGAUCACCAUUCCAUCGGCCCUCAUUAGUAAAUCACUAGGGGACAGCCUCAAGAAAGCCGUCAAUGGUGGGGAAAUGGUUAAUAUGAAUCUCGACUGGAGGGAGGCUCUUCCUCAUCCCGACGAGCGGGUUGAGUACGAGUUCUGGACUAAUAGCAACGACGAGUGCGGGCCAAAGUGUGACAGCCAGAUUGAAUUUGUCAAGAGCUUCAAAGGAGCUGCUCAAAUUCUCGAGCAGAAAGGCUACACCCUGUUUACCCCGCACUAUAUAACUUGGUAUUGCCCGGAAGCUUUUAUUUUGAGCAAGCAGUGCAAGUCGCAGUGUAUCAAUCAUGGGAGGUACUGUGCUCCGGAUCCUGAGCAAGACUUCAGCAAAGGUUAUGAUGGUAAAGAUGUGGUGGUUCAAAAUCUUCGCCAAGUUUGCGUUUUCAGAGUUGCUAAUGAAAGUGGAAAGCCAUGGCUUUGGUGGGAUUAUGUCACGGACUUCUCUAUCCGCUGCCCGAUGAAAGAUCAGAAGUAUAACAAAGAGUGUGCGGAUAAAGUUAUCCGAUCUCUUGGCGUUGAUCUCAAUAAAGUAGACAAAUGUAUUGGUGACACUGAGGCCGAUGUGGAGAACCCAGUUCUGAAAGCUGAGCAAGAUGCACAGAUUGGAAAAGGCCCCCGUGGAGAUGUAACUAUACUGCCAACUCUUGUGAUAAAUAACAGACAGUAUAGAGGGAAGUUGGACAGAGGGGCUGUUCUCAAUGCAAUUUGUGCAGGUUUUCAAGAGACAAAAGAGCCAGCAGUUUGUUUAAGUGAAGAAAUCGAAACUAAUGAGUGCUUAGAAAACAAUGGUGGCUGCUGGCACGACAAGAUUGUUAAUAUUACCGCAUGCAGGGAUACCUUCCGGGGAAGAGUGUGCGAGUGCCCAACAGUUAAUGGGGUGAAGUUUACUGGAGAUGGUUAUACACAUUGUGAAGCUUCUUCGGCUUUACGUUGUCAAUUCAACAACGGAGGAUGUUGGAGAGAAACACGGGAAGGAAGGACAUACUCUGCUUGUAUUGAUGACCAUUCACAUGGUUGCAAGUGCCCAUAUGGAUUCAAGGGUGAUGGAGUCAAGGGCUGUGAAGAUGUUGAUGAGUGCAAGGAGAAGCUGGCAUGCCAAUGUUCUGGGUGCAAAUGCAAAAAUACCUGGGGAAGCUACGAGUGCAGCUGUAGCGGUGGUUCGUUGUACAUGCAAGAGCAUGACAUGUGUAUCAGCAAGAACGGUAGAACAGAGGUAGGCUGGGGGUCCGUGUGGGUAAUAAUUCUCGGACUGAUCGCUGCUGGAGGUGCAGGAUACGCCAUUUACAAGUACAGAAUCCGGAGAUACAUGGAUUCGGAGAUUAGGGCUAUUAUGGCACAAUACAUGCCAUUGGAUAAUCAACCUAAUAACGUUCAUCAUCCAGACAUAUAAGACCAGCACAUGGAACAUUCCCUUAGGUUUAAUAUCUACUCGUUUAGUUUUUGACUUUGUAAUUCUAAAUAAUUUAAGGUUACGUACAUGACAAGUUUUCAUUA